GAAAGCCACAAUACACUAGCGAAACCAUUUUACUGGAUUUGUCUAAAUCAUUCGACACUUCUCAUCCCCCUUGGAGUAUAGACACAAAAGGUGCCGCACCAGGAUAUACUGCAACCCUUUUAAAAAAUGGGUACAUCCUCUAUAUCGGAGGUACAGAAAAAGAGCCCAAUGGCACGUCCAAAGAGACGAAUGUUAAUAUGAACAACAUUCCUGUUUUUGACACGGACGAUUUAACUUGGAUCUCAAUG